AUGACUUAUUGCCCUUUGGGAUUCCUAUCAAUUAUUGCCUCUUCUCAAUUGCCUUUUUUUUCUCUUCCUCUUACUUUUCCUCACAACCCUAGCAUCCCCCUCUUGCUUUCUCUCUCUUUUUUAUCUAUCUGCUUUUUAUCUCUUCACUCUUUCUACAUCUCGCCCUCCUCUUCUGAUCUCUUCACUCUUUCUAUCUCUUCACUCUUUCUGUCUCCCUCUUCGCCAUCUCUUUUACGUCAUUCUCCCCAACUCUCCACUCUUUCUCUCUUCACCUUUCCAUCUCUCUUCAGCCAUUUUCUUCAUAUCUUUUCGCCCCACUUUCAAUCUUUCUUUCUCCACCUCUCCUCUCUCUCUCUCUUGACGCUUUUCUCUACCCCCCUUCAGAUCUCUCCUUCUUUCUCUCUCUUCUCCAUCUCUCUUACCUCAUUCUUUCCCUCUCUCCAACUUUCUACUCUUUUUCUCCUCCUCUCCACUCUUUCUCUCCCGACCUUUCCAUCUCUCUUCAAUCAUUCUUCCCAUAUCUUUACGCCCCCAUUUUCAAUCUUUCUUUCUCCACCUCUCUUUAAUGUUUUUCUCUACCUCCCCUUCAGGUCUCUCCUUCUUUCUGUCUGUCUCUUCUCCAUCUCUCUUACCUCAUUCUCUCCUUCUCCCAAAUCUCAGCUCUUUCUCUCCCCACCUUUCCACCUCUCUUUGAUCAUUCUCUUCAUAUGUUUUCACCUCCAUUUUCAAUUUUUCUUUCUCCCUCUCUUUCCUUUCUCGCUCUCUCCUCUUAGUCUCUCUUCACUCUUUUUCUCUCCGUCCUCUUCAGAGCUCUUCACUCUUUCUGACUCUCUCCCUCCUUCUUUUUUCCCCACUCGCUACUCUCUUAACUCUUUCCUGCUCUCUCCUAUCUUCACUCUUUCACUCUUUCUUAUCCACCUCUCUCUCUCUUCACUCUUUCUCUCCACAGUUCUCUUCAACCAUUCUAUUCAUAUCUAUUUAGUCUUUCUCUCUCCCUCUUCGCAUCUUUUACCUCGUUUUUACUUUUUCCCCCUUUUAUCAACCUAUUUCUCUCCCCCCCCCCGACUCUUCACUUCUAUUCUCUCGCUUUCUCCCGAACUAUAUACAUUAGUUGGCGCCCAACUCUGCACUUCGCAUCACUCUUUUUCUCCACUUCACCUUACUAUUCUUCUCUCCUCUCCACUCCACUCCUUCUGGCUCCCCACUCUACACGGCUUUUCAUUAUUUUUAGACGAUGUUUUUUCUGUUCAUAUCUAUCUCAACCUGCUCUUAUCUAUCAUAUCUAUCUAUCUAUCUAGUUUUGUUCAUAUCUAUCUCUCUAUAUCGGUCUAUGCGUGUAUUUUUAAUCUAACCCUGUGUUUACCGUUUUUGCUCUCUACUGCAAACCAAAUCUAUCUAUCUAUCUAUCUAUCUAUCUAUCUAUCUAUCUAUCUAUCUAUCUAUCUAAUUUUAUCUAUCUCAUAUUUGUUUAUAUCUAUCUUUAUUAUUUUGUUCAUAACUAUCUAUCGAUCUAUCGAUCUAUCUAUCUAUCUAUCUAUCUAUCUAUCUAUCUAUCUAUCUUUACAUUAUUUUCUCUUUAUCUCUUUCUUUCUAUUUUUCUUUCUUUCUAUUUUUCUUUCUUUAUUUUCUCUCUUAUUUAUUCAAAUUUUUAUCUGCUUUUAUUCUACUUCCUUUCUUAUUUUUUUUCUUUCUUUCAAUUUUGUCCGAUUUCUUGUCCUCUUUCUUGUACUUAGAGAGGUGACGGGCGCCUCCAAGCUUAUCUGA